CCGAAGAGACGAUGCACGUGCACUGACACUCCUCAGGGAGAUAGCGAGACGCCCGUGCACACCGGAGAGCAAACGCACGCACACGUGAACCCACAUUGGGUAUGAUCCGCUCCUAGACUAUGGCACCGUCAGGUUCGCGGAAUGUCAAACGGCGCUGUAAGAGAGUUUUCUACUGGAUCCCGGUCCUAUUCAUCGGACUCAUAGUGGCAUGGUCGUACUACGCCUUCGUCGUGCAGCUUUGUUUGGUUUCAGUAGAAGACACGUGGGAGAAGGUUGUCUAUUUAAUGGUGUACCAUGUAAUCUUCAUCAUGUUUAUUUGGGCUUACUGGCAAACCAUCUUCACCAAGCCCAUGAAUCCUCUGAGGGAGUUCUGCCUGUCUUACUCGGACAAAGAGCUGCUGGAGCGUGAAGACCGGGGUGAGUCUCAGCAGGAGAUACUGAGGAGAAUAGCUAAGGAGCUGCCUAUCUACACACGCACCAACUCUGGAGCAAUCCGUUUCUGUGACCGCUGCCAGCUGCUGAAGCCUGAUCGAUGUCACCAUUGUUCAGUUUGUGAUAAGUGCAUCCUAAAGAUGGAUCAUCACUGUCCCUGGGUGAACAACUGUGUGGGAUUCUCCAACUAUAAAUCCUUUAUGCUGUUUUUGGCAUACUCACUACUGUAUUGCCUUUUUAUAACCGCUACAGACCUUCAAUACUUCAUUAAGUUUUGGAUGAAUGGCUUUCCCGACACUCAGGCCAAGUUCCACAUCCUGUUCCUCUUCUUCUCUGCCUCCAUGUUCUCAGUCAGCCUCGCUUCGCUUUUCAUCUAUCACUGCUGGCUUGUCUUCAAGAACAGAUCCACUCUUGAGGCGGUUCGUGCGCCAGUGUUUCGUCAUGGUACAGACAAGAACGGUUUCAGUCUGGGAUCCAGUAAGAAUUUCCGCCAAGUGUUUGGUGAUGAAGCUAAAUACUGGCCUUUUCCGAUUUUCUCCAGUUUAGGGGAUGGGUGCUCUUUCCCAACAUGCCUGGUGAAUAUUGACCCUGAGCAACCCUCUUCGCCUACCAGCUACAACCCUGCACAAAAAAGCACUGCAGAGGUUCGCCAAUUCCCUUUCAAAUCAGUGAGGGAGAGUCAAAGCCGGUUGCUGAGCAGUACCGCUUCUUGGACCGAAAGUGACAUUGCGGCAGAUGAGAAGAAUGGUACAAAUAAUCCACUGAUGACGACAGAAAAUGAAGCAUAGGGACACAGAGCUUCUGUUGAGAAGUGUCAGUGCCGCUCCCUUCUCAGUGGGAUGUGUAGCAAUGGUGACAUAACUAGUGCAUUUGCCUGACGUCUCAACAGUGUUAACUUCAAUGUCGGCAGCAUGCCAUGUUGCUCUCUGAAAGGACUUUUGUAGUAAAGUGUGACAAUUCUCAGUUUGCAUUCCAACAAUCUUGAUAUCCUUUUGAUGUAUGUGAGAAAGCAUGGAGAGGUGGGAGAGAUGUGCACUUGUUUAUUUUGUGUUGUUUUUCAUCGUGUGGCAUAUUCCGAAGGUAUAUACAGCACAGUAUGAUUUCAGAAGUUUGGAAAAUGUUUGCAUAUCAAAAGUAGAUAACCGCGUAUCAUAGGCGGCGGCAGCAGGAAUGAGAACCCUUGCAUGUUUUCAUCGCAGGAGCUCAAAAGAUAUGUAUCUUAAUGGCAACUUUGGAAACAACAACUUCCAGUAGUAAAGUCAUGAUAGCAUGAAUAAGGGCUAUUCAGAUGUGAGUGUAUGACCCCACUCCACCUAACGGUCAAGAUUUGUUAAAGUCAAGGCCUGGUGCCCAGAUUCACAUCAGUUUGCGUGGCUGAUUACAGUAAUUAUUCCAUGUUUCUUUUUAAAUAAAU